AUGUAUUUAAUAUUUGCAUUGAUCCUCAACCAAAUUGUUGCUCAUGAAGGAUGCUAACAUGAGCACCAUAAUCAUAAAGAAGAAUACACAAUAAAUAAUCUAAUAUAUGCAGUAGCAAUAUUAUAACCUGAUAAUGGAAGUGGAGUUAGUGGAAUUGUAAAAAUGAUUUCAGAUGGACAAUCUACAACAAUUUAAGCUAAGAUUACAGGAUUAUCAGAUGGACUACAUGGAUUUCAUAUUCAUGAAUUCGGAAAUUUAAUAAAAGGAUGUAUAACUGCUGGACCUCAUUAUAAUCCUCAUGGAAAAUUACAUGGCGGCCCAAAAGAUUAAGAAAGACAUGUUGGUGAUUUGGGAAAUGUUCAUUCAGAGAAUGGAGUUGCUCAUUUUAAAAUAAAUGAUGAUUUUGUGAAAUUAAGUGGUGAAUUUAGUGUGAUUGGAAGAUCUAUGGUAGUACAUGCAAAUGAGGAUGAUCUUGGAAAAAGUGAUCAUCCAGAUAGCAAGAGCACUGGUAAUGCAGGGGCUCGUUUGGCUUGUGGUGUUAUAGGAAUUAGCGGACCCUUUGAGUUUGAUUGA